GGUGGGAAGAUCUUGUUUCAAAAAGGCUGCAACCCCAAUUUGCCUCCUGAAAUUCUCCUAUCCACUACCCGAAAGCCCUCUGCAAGGCAAGACAAAUGUAGAAAGGUAGGACCGAGGUGAUGAGUAUACACCGGGAUGUAGGACGAGCCUCGAACCUCGACCGUGACUGUCAGGAGGCGCGCUCGGGUUUUGCUCGAGUUCAAGGUAAACAAACUCACCAUGAACAGCAGCGUAUCUAGAGAAUCUAGAGUAGCUGACAAAAUCAUUUAUGGCGUCUGAGAGCUUCUGCAGCAAACGCUGCUGCGCCUCUCACGCUAAAGUCCAUGGAAGAUCGUUCUGACAGAACCGCUGUGUCGCAACAGUAUUGCACCAUAAAGGCAACGUGUUCGACGCAUCCCUCCUCAUCUCCGUGUCAUCUCCGUGUCAGACGAAGGGGAAGCCGAGGGUUAUUAACCACCAAUCUUCGGGUCUGUCCUCACAUUACAAUCCUUACCGAUGCUCCAACAAAAUAGAAGAAUCAAACAAUAAGACUUCAAAUUGCUCAUACCUUCGCUCCAAUUGACCUCUACUCCCUCAGAAAUGAGACCCAAGAAACACGGAAACCUCAACAAGAAGCGAGCAGAGAUGUAAGUUCGAGGGAGACCGAGGCGGCAAUGUGCACAAGAGUCUGCAAUUGACCGCAAAUCGAAGGCAAGAGUCCGAAAUUGACUUCUAAUGCAAGCGACAAGAGCAUCGGGGCUCGAUCACGAAGUAGAGACUUGCCUCUUUGCCCUUCGAGACUUACCAGGGGGCGGUCGUCAAUCCGAAGCUUCUUUCCAAGUCGCGACCGGCUCCAGGAAGUCGACGUCGCGGACUGCAACCGGCGGAGCACGUCGUCAAUGGGCUUUCGUGGGACGCUUUUCCAAGACGAGGAGGGAGGAGGAGGAUUACACGAUUCUCGUUGUAUGCGACUCGAACACGAUUACGUAGUUUCUCGUGCGGAGCACGUUUGUUGCAAUGGCUUGAAUCACUUCUUCUCCGCAAUGAUGAUGAUGAUGCGCCGGGCCAAGAUUCGUCGACGAUUCGUUAUUUGGGUCGAUGUGUUGAGGCGCUAGACGGCGUGAUGAUGAUGACCGAAUCAGCGUGGUGAGAUUUCGAAGAUUUCAAUUGUUUGUGCAAUCAUCUGGCGAGACCUCCCUCGAUCCUUCCUCUCAGAAAGGUUGUUCAGGUGUCGGUGAACGAAGAAACACGAAACAUUAUUUCGUGCCAUACCAUCCUGGGGGUUAUUGUUCUACGACUUCCUUGAUGUAGAGGGUACUCUUCAGGGAAGGUUUCCAAUGGCCAGAAUGGAUGUACAAGAAAAACACGAGGAAAAGGGCAGGAGAAUAAUCAACAGCCUCACCUCGAGGUUUUCUGGAAGAGGGAUCUGAAUAUAUCCCCAGCAUCGCAGAUUAUAAUGCGUGAGAAUGUAGGAAGUGGCGUCAGCCACUAUAAAGGCUCAUUCUAUACAGUCACGACAUAGUAUGAUGGGGAGUCCAUCACAACUUCUAGGAGGCAAAAAACUUCCAGGUUCCAAAUGUGCCCAUCAUGCCGAGCAGAUCGGAUCAAUCCUGGAUAAGGUAUAAUACAUCAACAUCAGACCUCUUUCGGGUAUCCCGCAGGACUCGAAAGAGGUCGGAAUACCUUUCGCAGGUACGCCCAUCAAUGAGAUCUUGGGGCCCGGGACACCGUCACAUAUCUCGGUCGCUCUCACGAGGCGAGUGGGAAUGACUCCUGCUCUCUCGCCCAUUGGAAAGAUUCAAGUUCCACAUGAAGCACUGUGAAAAUGAAUUGCAGGAGAGAGCAAAUAGCGCCAGCUCCUCUGGGUCAUAUGCCCAGCGCCUUGCAUGAGAGAAUAAUAAAGAAAAGCAGAGAGAGCUGCACGAUGCCCGUCCACAGAUACCCUCCAGCUUGACGUCAGAGGGAGACCUUUUCUGCGAGGUGGUUUAGAAGCCCACAAGGAGGUAACACGAGUAAUCAGGAAUGGAACAGAGUCAUGUCACCUCCGCUUUAGAGCCGGAAGCAACUAUUUUAUGAUUAAGCCCUUUUGUGUCCACCAUCAUGCUCAUCAGAUAGUGGUGAGGACACUUCGACAUCCGUUAGGCUUUGUCACCUGGCCUCGAGACGACCAGUAAGACAAGAGUGAUGGUGAUAUGUUAUUGAGAAUCAAUGGCCAUCGUGUGAAUUGACGAGAGGUCAACAGAGAUUUCAAUCAGGCCUCAGGGAGAUAUUUACUCAGUUCAGCUCCUGUCUUUGACUACCUCAACUCUUGUACAAACCAUUGAGAUCAUAACUUGAUCAACACUUGGCCAUGAUGGGGGUGACGAGGUCAUUUUGCAAGAAGAGAAGGUGAACAUUUUCCCCAGCAUGUUUCGUGGCCUAUUCAUGUGUUGGCACUUGAAAGGGACAAGGUGGCCAACUACUGUAAGUCAAGCCCUUAACAGCUUCGCUCGAGAUGCACAUCAUCCGCUCUGUAGCUGUUCGUCUUCCAGUAGAGGAGCCUACAGAUGGAGUUUGGAUGCAAUAAAAUCCCGGUUUCCUGAUCACGUUCAGUAAGAAGCGACCUCAACAAUUUUGUUUGUGUAGCUCUGCACGCUCCAACUCGAUCACGGCCUUUCUGCAGCCCCAUUCCUCAUGGACUUGUUUUGCCAGCGACAUCGAGGUGGACGAUGUGCAGACAGUUCUGACAAGUGUCACGAGGCGAAGUCAGGAACUAAAUAUGGACAAAGUUUGCAAUUAUGCAUAGUGGUAAAGACUUCGGACGAACGCUCGGUCUUGUCCUACUCGUUUAUAAACUCGAAGUUUUACUCAUCGCUGUCGAUAUCUACGCAUGUCUAUGACACUUGCUCCGGCUCAAAAGUACUUUCCCAUAGAGAACGUUCUAAAGGGGUCCUCAGUUGCUGACUCCAAGAGAUUUCCGACGUGAAAAGUCCAGGACGAAGCGCAUUGGAAUGAAACAUUGGUGAUUGCUGUGAGAAUUGCCAUUAGUUUGCUAGCUUGUGGAUUUGAAUACAGCAAGUAGGACUGAUGGCGACGUGGCUUGCGGCGUUCUUAUGGAACUUGCUCUCCUUUGAGAAGGCGAGCUUUAUCUGUGCUAGAACUUCUUCGCAUGGUUGCUUUUGUAAAGUCUCAGGCUACUUUUUGAGUUCGGCGAUGUGUUUCGAGGCUGACUGCGAGUGAAACGUGUAGAAAUGUAAAAACCUCUAAAAAGGUUGGUUCAUGCCAGUGGACAGGCAAGGAGACG